CUAGAACCAUACAUAUUAUACGGUGUGGGUCACCUGUGGGAUGUCAAUUGUCUUUUUUCCUAGCUUUAGCUAGCGAUAUGUGGAAAAUAGAUACAUGUCAUGAUAAAAAAAAAAGAAUUAGAGGCUGUUUUGAGCAGAAAAGUGCCUGACAAAUGCAUCGCAUCAAGCACACAGAAGAAAACAUUGUGAGGUGACUACAAACUGUGGGUCGGUUUCAAGGUCCUUUACUAUAUCAUUCAUCAAUGGCUUUUUUUGCAAAAAAGAAGAUAUUCAAGUUUCAGACACAUUUGACAUUGGAGGAGCUGACUGCUGUGCCUUUUGUGAACGGGGUAUUGUUCUGCAAGCUGAGAUUGUUGGACGGUGGAGACUUUGUUGCAACUUCAUCAAGAGAGGAGGUUCAGGAGAACUGUGUUUACUGGAAGAAGAGGUUUACCUUUGUGUGUAAAAUGAGCGCCAACCCCACGACUGGAGUGCUGGAUCCCUACAUCUGUCGGGUCUCUGUGCGGAAGGAACUCAAAGGAGGAAGAACGUAUUCAAAGCUGGGUUUUACUGACCUCAACAUGGCGGAGUUCGCUGGCUCGGGCUCUGCAGUCCGCUGUUGUCUGCUGGAGGGAUACGACACCAAGAAUACCAGACAGGACAACUCCAUACUGAAGGUGACUAUUGGGAUGGCGCUCCUAUCUGGAGAUCCGUGCUUUAAAACUGCCCCCAGCACAGCCAAGUCCAUCUCCAUCUCAGGCCAGGACCAUGUCCUGCAGCUGGACUGUAAGGGGGAGGGCACUGGAACCCCUAACUGGACCCCUUCUCUGGGCCGGUCCAUGAAGCCCAGACCCUCUAUCAUUAGCUCAGGUCUUCCAGAGGAGCCAAACCAGACCCAGGCAGCUAGCCCAGGAGAAGUAUUCCAGUCGGGGCACUCUCGCAACUCCAGCUAUGCCAGCCAGCUGAGCAGGAUCUCAGGCUACAGCACAGAGCACUCCUGCUCCUCCAGUCUGUCUGACCUCACACACAGGAGGAACACCUCCACAGGAAGCAGCGCAUCUUGGAGCCUCAGUGUGACAGUAGACACCACCACAGAAGGGGAGAAGGACAUCUGCCGGCCAGAGAGACCCCCUCGACCCCCACGGCCCAUCCUACCAUCCAGCAGACCCCCUAGGAGGAAGCAGGAUUCCGUGGAGAGCCAUCCCUCUUGGGUGAAUGACACCCGCAUCGAUGCCGACCAUAUUGUUGAAAAGAUCGUCCAGAGCCAGAACUUUGCUGACAUAAGUAACACUGAAGACAGUAACCUGCGACUGUUUGUCAGUAGAGACGGCACCACAUCCCUGAAUGGUCUACUGCUUGGAAACAGGGUGUCUGCCGGUGUCUAUGAGCCAGUUGUGAUAGAGAGCCAUUAGGACUGGUGAAGAGGAGAUUGAAUUGAGGCCUCUGCAAUGAAACGUGUGGACUAACUCUAAAAAUAUAUUGCAGUCAUCCUGGAGCACCGGCUGAGCUGGGUGCCAUGAGGAGGACUGUACCAUACAGUUUUCAUGUUUAGUUGUGGGUCUGUUUACCUGAUGGGGCUGAUUUUGAUUGUGAACUGUUCUGUUUUUGCCUGGUCAGUUUGCACUUUAUUUCCAAUUUGUUGUUUUGCCCCCAGAAGCUGUGGCUUAAGUCUGAACUCAGUUCAGCUGUAUGUUGUUACAGGCACUUUGUUUCCAUGGUAAAUGUCAUGUCCUGUUGAUCAGGAAAUGACAUCAUGCUUUAGUUAUGUAUCUAUCUAUCCUCUCUAUCCUUCCCACAAAUAUGAAGAAAUAACUAUCGGACAAAUGUAAUACUUUAAAGAAAAUACCAAUACACUUUUUAUACGCUACUUUAUAAUGUAUUUUUCCCAUACAUGACCCAAAGCACCAGAUCCUCUCUGUGACGACCCUGCUAGUCUAGUCACUACUGGAGGAGAGCUGGUGAUGGAGAAGAGAGAAAGUCCUCAGCGCUGUCUGACUGUGGUAUUUGUCCCAUUUAGACUGUAGUACUCUGGCGCCCCCGUGUGGAGAAUUGGCCUACUGAGGGAUCAGUCUGUUCUUCAACCAUGGGAAGGACUCAAUUGCAUGCUCAGAGUCCUCUCCCCUAAUCUCCUUCUCAAAACCCAUUGGAUGAGAAAGCCAGAGGUCCCGCCCCUCUCCUCCAAUGGGUUUUGAGAAGGAAACGAGGAGUGAGGAUUAUGUCCCCAAAAAACGGACAUCUCCUAGCCUGUCCAUUUUUUGUGUUCACAGAUCUCAAGGAACUGGAUAGUUGUAGCAAUAUAGGGAAGUUUUAAAUGAUGCAAGUUCUAAACCCAUUUGAUGGUUAUUUGGUGCAAGCUAGGUGUUGUUCUCAGACUUGGACAUACAUAUUUAGCAGACUUUUACACUGGUAGAUGUCUCCAAACAUUAUCUUAUGAAGGAUAAUUUGUUUGUGAUUUUCCAACCAGCUGGCUGGUUUGUUGUAUUUAAAAAAAAAAAAAGGAUUUUAACACUACAAAGAUGGUUGAAAGGUUCCCUGUUGUAUUAUAUAUUUGAUUAUUUUUUUAAAUAAAGGGAACACUUAAACAACA